AAUCAAAUCAUCAUAAUGGCAGCGGCGAUAAAGCGCUUUUAACAAAAACACUUUCCAAAAUUAAAUCAUUCCAUUUCCACGUACAAACGAAACCAAGAGGUGCUUUCGAACAAUUCCAGCACGAAAUGCGACCGGCGUACAACGAUCGCAAAAGUCGACCUACUUUCCUGUAAUCGGAUUAUAUCACGGUCGGAAUAUACAACAGAAUACAGGAUGCUUCGGGAUCUGCUGGAAGCACUUGUGGUGGUGUCGGAGAAGGCGGCCAACAUCGCGAGAAUAUGUCGCCAGGACGACCAUCUCUUCGGUUUAUUGGUGCAAGAGAAGGAGGCGGACCAAUCCAAUCCGAGAUUCGUGCAGGACUUCAAGACGCUGGCGGAUGUCCUGAUCCAGGAGACGGUGAAACACGACAUAGGAAACGCUUUUCCGGUGUUGCGUGAUAAGAUUCACGGGGAGGAGGAUAACGUGUUUUGCAAUACUUUAGGAGAGGAAAUCCGAGUGGAAAUUCAAACAUCUUCAGAGGCUACGGCCGAGUUAUUGGAAAAAGUGUUGGAUGGAGAUGGAGCUGCCGCUCGGCUCUUGGCUAAUGAAGUCCAUCGUGAGAUUAGCGCGUCAGGAAUUCCCGAAAUUCCAUCGGGAAUUCCCGCGGGAAACGUUGGAAUCUGGAUAGACCCCAUAGAUUCUACUGCCGAGUACAUAGGUGCGAAAGAAACGCGCACCGAUUGCGGCGUCUCCGUUUCCGGGCUCUCGUGCGUCACCGUGCUUAUCGGAGUCUACCAAAUAGAAACCGGUCUGCCGAUUCUGGGAAUCGUCAAUCAACCGUUCUCCGAGCUCGCCGAGGAUAACAGAUGGCGCGGCAGGUGCCACUGGGGAGUAUCUUUGGAUGAUUUGAAGUUGUGCUCCGCGCAACCCACCCACCAUCGAGGAAGCAAAUUGGUCUGCUUGAGCUCCAGCGAGGAUGCUGCGAUUAAAGAGAAACUGGAGUCGAAGGGCUUCCGGCUAAUCGAGGCGGCGGGCGCCGGUUACAAGAUUUUGUGUACAAUUACCGGAUCCGCUGACGCCUACGUCUUGUCGAAGGGCUCCACUUACAAGUGGGACACAUGCGGACCUCAGGCUGUACUUAAGAGUCUCGGUGGAGAUGUGGUGCAGUACUCGCAAGCGCUCGAAGAUAACUUAAUUAGCGUCAAUUAUCCGACUGAUUAUGAAAAUAAGCUGGAGAGCUGCUGCAACAGGAGCGGCCUUAUCGCCUACCGCGAUCCCAGCAUCCUCCAGGACAUCUACGAUGCACUGAAAGCCUGAAUUACUUAAUGAACCUUAAUAAAGAUAAUAUAGAAAGCCUCAA